AUGGCUAGAGGUUUGAAGAAGCAUCUGAAGAGGCUCAAUGCCCCGAAGCAUUGGAUGCUUGAUAAGCUUGGAGGAGUGUUUUCUCCCAAGCCAUCUUUUGGUCCACACAAAUCAAGGGAGUGUUCGUUGAUCAUUAUCUUGCGAAACAAAUUAAAGUAUGCUCUCACAUACCGAGAGGUGAUCUCAAUUCUGAUGCAACAACAAGUUCUGGUUAAUGGGAAAGUUAGGACUGAUAAGACCUAUCCAGCUGGUUUCAUGGAUGUUGUUUCAAUUCUAAAGACUAAUGAGAGCUUCCGUCUCCUUUAUAACACUAAGGUUCGAUUCUGUUUUCACUCACUCGAGGAUGAGGAGGCCAAGUUUAAGCUUUGCAAGGUCUGUUCAGUGCAGUUUGGUCAGAAGGGGAUUCCAUACUUGAACACUUAUGAUGGAAGAACAAUCCGCUACCUGAUCCCUCUCAUCAAGGCCAAUGAUACUAUUAAGCUGGACUUGGAAUCUAACAAGACUGUUGAUUUCAUCAAGUUUGAUGUUGGAAAUGUUGUGAUGGUGACCGGAGAUAGAAAUAGAGGACGUGGUGGUGUUAUUAAGAACCAGGAGAAGCAUAAGGCUAGCUUUGAGACUGUCCACAUUCAUGAAUUUGCUACACGUUUGGGGAAUAUGGUCACUCUUGGCAAGGGUACUAAUCCAUGGAUUUCACUACCCAAAGGUAAAGGUAUUAAGUUUUCCAUCAUCGAGGAGGCAUGGAAGAGCCUGGUUGCUCAAUCCGCCACCACUUCUUAA